AUCCCCGAGGGGCGGGGGAGCCCGCGGCGCCAGCAGUCGGAGCGCGCGGCUGCAGCGGCGGAGCCGUAGCCCGGAGACAGAGCGGCGGCCGGAUCGCAGCCCGCGGGGCCCGCCGCAGCCAUGGGCAACCGCGGCAUGGAGGAUCUCAUCCCGCUGGUCAACCGGCUGCAAGACGCCUUCUCCGCCAUCGGCCAGAACGCUGACCUCGACCUGCCGCAGAUCGCUGUGGUGGGCGGCCAGAGCGCCGGCAAGAGCUCCGUGCUCGAGAAUUUCGUAGGCAGAGACUUCCUACCCCGAGGAUCUGGCAUCGUCACCCGUCGCCCCCUGGUCUUGCAGCUGGUCAAUGCUACCACAGAAUAUGCCGAGUUCCUGCACUGCAAGGGGAAGAAAUUCACCGAUUUCGAGGAGGUGCGCCUGGAGAUCGAGGCUGAGACCGACCGGGUGACCGGCACCAACAAGGGUAUCUCACCGGUGCCCAUCAACCUCCGCGUCUACUCGCCACACGUGCUGAACCUGACCCUAGUGGACCUGCCCGGAAUGACCAAGGUCCCGGUGGGCGACCAACCUGCUGACAUCGAGUUCCAGAUCCGGGACAUGCUUAUGCAGUUCGUCACCAAGGAGAACUGCCUCAUCCUGGCCGUGUCCCCAGCCAACUCCGACCUGGCCAACUCUGAUGCUCUCAAGAUCGCCAAGGAGGUGGACCCCCAGGGUCAGCGCACCAUCGGGGUCAUUACCAAGCUGGACCUGAUGGACGAGGGCACAGAUGCCCGUGACGUGCUGGAGAACAAGCUGCUCCCCCUGCGCAGAGGCUACAUUGGGGUGGUGAACCGGAGCCAGAAGGACAUCGAUGGCAAGAAAGAUAUCACGGCUGCCUUGGCCGCCGAGCGCAAGUUCUUCCUUUCCCACCCAUCCUACCGCCACCUGGCUGACCGCAUGGGCACCCCCUACCUGCAGAAGGUCCUCAACCAGCAACUGACGAACCACAUCCGGGACACACUGCCAGGGCUGCGGAACAAGCUGCAGAGCCAGCUGCUGUCCAUCGAGAAGGAGGUGGAAGAGUACAAGAACUUCCGUCCUGAUGACCCUGCACGCAAGACCAAGGCCCUGCUGCAGAUGGUCCAGCAGUUUGCCGUGGACUUUGAGAAGCGCAUUGAGGGAUCAGGGGACCAGAUUGACACCUAUGAGCUGUCAGGGGGAGCCCGUAUCAACCGGAUCUUCCAUGAGCGCUUCCCCUUUGAGCUGGUCAAGAUGGAGUUUGACGAGAAGGAACUCCGAAGGGAGAUCAGCUAUGCCAUCAAGAAUAUCCAUGGCAUUAGAACGGGGCUCUUUACCCCAGACAUGGCCUUUGAGACCAUUGUGAAAAAGCAGGUGAAGAAGAUCCGAGAACCGUGUCUCAAGUGUGUGGACAUGGUUAUCUCGGAGCUAAUCAGCACCGUUAGACAGUGCACCAAGAAGCUCCAGCAGUACCCGCGGCUGCGGGAGGAGAUGGAGCGCAUCGUGACCACCCACAUCCGGGAGCGUGAGGGUCGCACCAAGGAGCAGGUCAUGCUCCUCAUCGAUAUUGAGCUGGCUUACAUGAACACUAACCAUGAGGACUUCAUAGGCUUUGCCAAUGCUCAGCAGAGGAGCAACCAGAUGAACAAGAAGAAGGCUUCAGGGAAUCAGGAUGAGAUUCUGGUCAUUCGGAAGGGCUGGCUGACCAUCAACAACAUUGGCAUCAUGAAGGGGGGCUCCAAGGAGUAUUGGUUUGUGCUGACUGCUGAGAAUCUGUCCUGGUACAAGGACGAUGAGGAGAAAGAGAAGAAAUACAUGCUGUCCGUGGACAACCUGAAACUGCGGGACGUGGAGAAGGGCUUCAUGUCCAGCAAGCAUGUCUUUGCUCUCUUCAACACGGAGCAGAGGAAUGUCUACAAGGAUUAUAGGCAGCUGGAACUGGCCUGUGAGACACAGGAGGAGGUGGAUAGCUGGAAGGCCUCCUUCCUGAGAGCUGGCGUGUACCCUGAGCGUGUUGGGGACAAGGAGAAAGCCAGUGAGACCGAGGAGAAUGGCUCAGACAACUUCAUGCACUCCAUGGACCCACAGCUGGAGCGGCAGGUGGAGACCAUCCGGAACCUGGUGGACUCAUACAUGGCCAUUGUCAACAAGACUGUGCGGGACCUCAUGCCUAAGACCAUCAUGCACCUCAUGAUUAACAAUACCAAGGAAUUCAUCUUCUCGGAGCUGCUGGCCAACCUGUACUCGUGCGGGGACCAAAACACACUGAUGGAGGAGUCAGCCGAGCAGGCCCAGAGGCGCGACGAGAUGCUGCGCAUGUACCACGCACUGAAGGAGGCCCUCAGCAUCAUCGGCGACAUCAACACGACCACUGUCAGCACGCCCAUGCCCCCGCCCGUGGACGACUCCUGGCUGCAGGUGCAGAGCGUACCGGCCGGACGCAGGUCACCCACGUCCAGCCCCACGCCGCAGCGCCGAGCCCCCGCCGUACCCCCAGCCCGGCCCGGGUCGCGGGGCCCUGCUCCUGGGCCUCCGCCUGCUGGGUCCGCCCUGGGGGGGGCGCCCCCCGUGCCCUCCAGGCCGGGGGCUUCCCCUGAUCCCUUCGGCCCUCCCCCCCAGGUGCCCUCGCGCCCCAACCGCGCCCCUCCUGGGGUCCCCAGAAUCACUAUCAGUGAUCCCUGAGGAGCAUCAGCCAUGUUCCAGACUUACUCUCUCCCCCUUCUGACCUUGUGCCAGCUGCCUCUCUCACCUCCCUUCUCAGCCAGCCUCAGGACUCAGUGCCACCACUCAAGAUCUCAUGGCUGAGCCUAGCCUGGAGAGCUCUUGGGACAGGCUCCACGCCCAAGCUGGCAGACCUGGGUGUGCCCUGGAGCCAUCAGAGAGGGCAGAGAGCUCAUGGUUUCUGGGGUAGAGCAGGGAGUGUGGAGGGGGUUGUGCGGGGGAGGCUGGGCCCUGGCAGACACAGCCCUUGGAACUGCAGCCUGGGGAGUGCCACACUGUUCCUCCAUCUGAGCCAUGCUGCUGCAGCAGAGCAGCGGCUCCCAGCCUGGGAACUUUAGAAACGAAAUAUGGCCUAAGGCAGAGGAAGUCAGCAUCCCCCCUCCUCUCCUGCCAGCAGUUGAGCAGUGAUCAGGGGCAAAGGCUCUGGUUUGGUGAAUUCUGAAAGCCUGAAAUGGAUCCUGUCCACCCCAGCAGCCCGGAGCCCGCCACACGGGAGCAGCAGGGUCCCACAGCCCCUCCCACUGCCUCCUUAGUAUUGUCACACUUGCUAGUGCACGACUGAAGGUGGCAGCCUUGGCCCUGGGGGAAGCUCCCCAGCCAGCCCAUGGGCUCAUGGGCCUGGGCCUGUUGUCCCUAGGGCUGACCUACACUUUUCAGCCAAGGGGACAGCUGUGUCUGCUGACCUGGGCAAGUCAGCUCUGAGAUCCCCUGGCUGGGCUGCAAAACUCACCCAUGAAUCCACCUGCCCCUCUGCCCCUGCCUGACUCUUGCUCUUCUGCUUUUCCCCAGCAGGAAGGGCCCAGCCUCACCUACGCGACCUGUGGUCCCUCGGCCAGCUGAGGCCCCCCUCUUAGACUUAUAAGCCUGUGGCCUCUGGCGUCCAGCUGCUUGCCCUCCUUGCCUCCCCAGGGUCCCUCCAGGACUCCGGGCUUGCUGCCCACCCAGAGGGGCCUGCAGUGCUCCCUCCAGCCAUCCUGUUAGCUCUGCCCUCCUGGCUCAAACAGUGUUCUUCCACCUGUUUUUCUCCAUCAGGCCUGGUGGCUGUUGCACAGGGCUCAUGGCUCCAUUUUCCCUAAGGCUAGGGGUGGCCCUGGGCCAGUGGGUUGAAAGACAGUGGGGCCAGAGAAGAGGGGAGGCAGAGGGGGCCGUGGACGUGUCUGGAGCCGUGGGUGCCCUGCCUGGUGGUGUGUGUGAGACCAGAGUGUGUGGCGGGGAGGGCCACCCUCCUCCACCUCAGACCCCGGAGUGGCGUUGGUCCCACAUCUCCAGCUCCUCCCUUCCACCUUCCCUCUCUCCUCUCCUCCAUUCCAGAGUCCUUGCCCACACCCUCCGCUGCAUCUGCCCCCACUGCCCUCCUCUCCUACCCUGGUGGCUUGGCUGCCCUCGCCUUACCAGCUCUCUCCCUCCUUCUCUCUCCCAUUCUCUCUGCUUUCUGUCCAACUGCCAGCCGAUCGGGUCAGGCAAGUCCGUCCCGUCCUGAGAGCCCCAGACCCCCCUUCGACCUCUAACCAGAUCCCUCCUAUUCCUCGGAGACCUCCCUUUCCAAGCCUGCCUGGAUGGCUGUUCUGUGACUUGACAGUGGCUCCCCAGCCCCAAAACUUGCCCUCAUCUGUGACUUCGUCUGCUGUAGUGGUGGCUGACAUAUCCAGGCGUGACGCUGGUGAAAACUUGUGCCCUCUCUGGUAUUGCUCCUGCCCUGUCCUAUAAAUAUCUAUAAAUACUCAAAUAUAUACAUACACACAUACGCCCCCACAGCCUCACCUCUAGUGGUGGGAAUCCAUCACCAUGCUGUCCCUGAGUCUUGUGGCCCAGUGACAAGGGAACAUUGUCACCCUGACAUCCCCCUUCAGUGUGCCACCCCCAAUGAGCCUCUAUCAUGCCCAGCCUGUGGACAGCCAGCCCCCUCUGCCACCUUCCUGUCUCUCCCCCUUUGAGCGCAGGGGUGCUGUGCUGGCAGCUGUGUGGUUCUCUGACCACUACCAAUCUUGCUGUCUCUUGGCUGAGAAUAAAACCCAUUUCUGGACAAUGGGGAACAGCG